CAUCAUUUCGGGUGACCUGUUCGCUAUUUACGUGUAUGCCGAUCCCGAUUUAAUUAUCAAUAAUUACGAAAACAGGACAAGAUUGUGAAAGUUUGUCAACAAUAUGCGAACUGCAGUUUUGCGGGGAAUCUUAAACCCCUUGAAGUCAGCAUCUUCCAGACCUACAAGGAAGACAUGGUGCGAGACCAGGAGGUUUAUCAGAACCACAGCGCAUCUUCAAACCCUAACAGCCAAUCAGAGGGCUCUGUCAGAGGAGGUUACCAUGGUUACAAGACCAGUUGAUAUGCUCUCGGAGGAGGAACAAAUGAUGAAAGAGUCAGUUGCCAAAUUUGCAUCAGAAGUGAUCAAACCUUUGGUCAGAAAGAUGGAUGAAGAAUCUCAGUGUGACCCCGCUGUACUCAAGGCUUUGUUUGAAAAUGGGUUGAUGGGCAUUGAGAUUGGCUCGGAGUAUGGUGGUACGAACUCCUCGUUUUUUGUGGCAAACUUGGUGAUUGAGGAGCUGGCUAAGGUAGACCCCGCCAUCAGUGUCAUGGUGGAUGUCCAGAAUACCCUGAUAAACACCCUCAUCAAGAAACUGGGGACCGAGGAACAGAAACAGAAAUACCUCACCAGGCUAGCCACAGACAUGGUGGGCAGUUUUUGUUUAUCGGAGGCAGAUGCUGGAUCAGAUGCCUUUGCCAUGCGUGGAGCAGCAGUAAAACAAGGAGAUUACUACAUCCUUAACGGAACAAAAAUCUGGAUUACCAAUGCUGAACAUGCUGGGGUUUUCUUAGUCAUGGUCAAUGCUAACCCAACAGCUGGUUACAAAGGAAUCACCACUUUCCUAGUGGACAGAGACACAGAGGGGCUGAGCAUCGGGAAGAAGGAGGACAAACUCGGAAUCCGGGCAUCAAGCACCUGUCCUGUACAUCUAGACAAUGUCAAGGUUCCUGCAAGUAAUAUUCUUGGAGAGUUUGGCAUGGGGUACAGAUAUGCCAUAGAAAUGUUAAAUGAAGGAAGGAUUGGGAUUGCCUCUCAGAUGCUGGGCUUGGCAGAGGGUUGUUUUAAUGCUACAGUUCCUUACACAUUGGAAAGAAAACAGUUCGGAAAAAGAGUAUUUGAUUUUCAGGGUAUGCAUCAUCAGAUAGCUCAUGUGGCGACACAGAUUGAGGCCUGUAGAUCACUUGUUUAUAAUGCUGCCAGGAAGAAAGAGGCGGGACAACCAUUCCUUAAGGAGGCUGCUAUGGCAAAAUUAUAUGCAUCUGAGUUGGCCACUCUAACAACAUCUAAGUGCAUUGAGUGGAUGGGAGGGGUGGGCUUUACAAAGGAUUAUCCUAUAGAAAAGUAUUACCGGGACUGCAAAGUGGGAACCAUUUAUGAAGGGACAUCAAACAUUCAGUUGAACACAAUUGCCAAAUGUCUAGAAGCUGAGGGGUUUUCAGGAAACUGAAAAAACACAAAAAACAUGAUUUAUAUUUAUAUCAUUCUAACUUAACAAGAGCGGAUGGGAUGACCUUUGACGAGGAACAACCCAGUUGCCUACAACAUACUUGUGUUAGUCUGUUGAAGUCUGACUUUGUCUUGUUAUUUGCUGUGAUACACGUUACAUU